AUUCCACAGCUGUAAAAAUGCAGUAAAGUAGAAAGUACAAUACGUCCUUCUGAAAUGUAUGAAAGAUGCAUGAAAUGGAAAUACUCAAGUUAAGUACAAGUAUAAGCCAUUUAAACUUUCACAUUCAACUUUCUUCCAGUUGAUUGAUACCCUGCAGGAAUCAUUCUAGACCACCAAGAAGUCCAGAUGUUGCAGCAGUGUGUUUCAGUGUCUGAUAUUGGACCAGUCAGCCUGCCAAACUCAGAUCACACAUGCAUGUUUCUCCAAAAGACAACACAGUGGGAUGAAGUGCUUUGCCGUUAAACUGGCGGCUUUUUAUUCUCAAUGAGAUUUUCCACCUGUCGUUUCGUUCUUAAGAAAAGGAAAGUAAAGCCAGGGAUAAAGGUGCAAUUGUUCGUUGAGGAAGAAAUAACCUGAAUAGCUUGAAUGGAGUCUCCUUUAAAGGUGUGGGCGGGGAGCAGAGAGUUGGGUUUCAGUGCCACCCCUUUUUUUCUAUUCUCAAACACACUGGCGUGCCUUCCAGUCACAGUCCAGAGAGACACUUUGGGCUAUGUGUGUGCGUAUGUGCUUUGGUCAAAGACUCAAGCUUUCUCUGGGUGACUAUGAAACAAACUGCCAUCAAUGAAGGACCACAAAACAACACACCACUGGGAAACAUCCACAGCUUGUCCACACCUUUUACCAAGGUCAUUGAGUUCUGAGAAAGACUUGACCCACUUUCAUCUAUAUUGCCAAAUGAUACUGAAUUUUCAUGUAUCAGAUGAGCGCUUACAUCAAGUGAGAAGAUGGCCAUGGUAUACAGACUCUAUGUAGGGAUAGUAACAGCUCUGGCCUUAUGCAAAUACUCCCUGGCAGAAUGGAAUACCACAGAGGAGACUGCCAAUCGAACUGUGUCUGACUGCCAUCACUAUGGCAACAGAGACAAUUGCACAGACACAAUAGAUACAGGGCAGUGGACUGGCCACUUCUCAAAAUGUCCGGAGGAACUUACAAACUACUGCAUCCAUGGGGAGUGUCGUUACAUUGAAGAGCAGAAUGCACCGUCUUGCAGUCGUAGGUGCAGAUUGGGUUGGCAGAGGGAAAGACGGAGGGAAGAACCAAGGAACGAGACGGAGAAGCUGAGCAUGAUGGAUACCAGCGGGACACAUACAACCUUAACGGUAGAUUCAACAGAGCUACCACACACCAACACUGUAUGAGAAGUGUGUGCGACCACAAGUCUGAGAAUUGUUUAGAUAUGAGGGAUUUUUGUCCUUCAUGUGACAGCUGCUGCCGUUAGUCUCACAGUGACAGCAGGGGGCCAUGGGAGGUCCCUCUGUGCCGGACAGGCCUGAGGUCUGCUCCAAGGAGGGGGGACAUUUCUGGAUAAAAGCUGUGUUAGAUUAAGCAGGGGAACAACAGUUUGCACCCUCUACUGAAAGGGCAUCCUUGUCUGAAACUUUGAUGAAGCUUCAGACCAUAGAAGAAGAGAAACACAAGUUGGAGAUGAGGGAUCAGCUGGUUGUGUGUUGGCAAGAACACUUUUUUUCCCCAAUGCUGUGGAGCAACAGACACUUGGCACAGUUGAGUGCACAGCGCUAAAUCACUUGUUGCCAUGUUGGAAAAAGCUUUGACACCAGCUGGCAGCCGCUGAAAACUGUUAAUCAUGGUAUUGAACAACACAGGAGACACAGAAAAAUGAGAAGAAAGGGACUGUGUAAAGAUGCACUCCAUUGUCUUGUACUCUAAAAACUCAUUAAAUGCAUAGAAACAUGCAAUAUUGUUAAGAGUAUGAGCAGCUAAACAAUACUGUUCCAGUGUGCUGUAUCUUUGUGUCAUGUUGUUUCUACUUUGUAUGCGGGUAAACUAUUGAUCUGCAUCACAAAAUCAACAGUUAUCAUCAUUUAUUCGUCUUUUGACAUGUCACUGUGUAAACUAACACACAGAAUAUUGUUACUUAGCAACAUUAGUAAUGCAAGAAGAGCCUUCCAUAUACCAAAAUGCUGCAGUUCUGGACUACAGGGUUGGAGGAGGACAAGGAGAACUUGUGAUGGAGGCUUUUUGGAACUAUUUGGAGCCGAGCAGCCUCCGAGCUACAGAGACAGAACAGCCGAGCCUGUGUGUGGAAGCUCAACUGAGAUGAAAGUGCUCCACUGUACUAGUCAGUUUCCUCUGGCAGCCUGUCACUGGGUUUUUUAAAUGUGCAUCUGUAUGUGUAUUACCUCUGCAUCUAAAUGUAGAAUGAAGAGAAUUAGGGCAGAGUCAGUGAAGCCUGUGCAUACUGUCUACAUGCCAACUACUAAUAAAUAUGUCUACUGUA